AUGAGCGACGGCGCGCCCGCCCCAAAAAAACAAAAGCUGAUGGGAAUGGGAAAAUUCAAGCCCACGAAUCCGAAGAAGCGCAAGCGCUCGCCGAACGCGCCCUCGCCCGGCGGCGAGGGCUUCGGCGGCCAGGGCGGCCAAGGCUUCGGCACGGGCGUCGCCGAGGGCCACGGCGGCCGCGGCGGCGGCUACGGCUCCUUCGCCGACGCGCUGCGACGGCUCCAGCUCCGCGAGCGUGGCGGCCACCUGUCGGCCGUCGCGGCGCUGCGGGUCGCGGACGCGGACGACGUGACGCGCGCGGUGCGCGGCGCUCCGUCGGGCCCGCUCGCGGACUUCUUCGUGCACGCGCUGAAGGCGGCGCCGCCUGUCGACCUGGACUUGCUCGGCGCCUUCGCGUCCGUGCUCGCGGACCGCUUCGACGAGCUCAGCAUCAAUCAAGUCUCCGACGUCGCGGUCGCGAUCGCGAAGCUCCGGGACCCGCCCGCGCCGCUCCGGUCCGCGCUCGCCGCGGCGUUCCGCCGCGGCGCGGACCCGGCGACCUGGAGCAACGUGCCCGUCACUCACGCCGCCGUGGAGCAUGACGACGCGGGCUGCGUCGGCGGCGCGGGCUGCGGCGCGGGCUGCGCCGCGGGCUGCGUCGGCGGCGCGGGCUGCGGCGCCGCGGGCUGCGUCGGCGGCGCGGGCUGCGGCGGCGCCGCGACGCGGCCCCCGGCGGCCGCGCGCGCAGCCCCUAAGGCCAUCGACGCCCAGGCGAUGGAGCUCGCGGCGGCGCGCAACCCCCGGGCGCUCCGGCGCAAGGAGCACGCGGAGGACUUGUUCCAGGUCUGGGAGGCCGCGGAGGCCGCCAAGGCCGACGCGCUCGCGGAGCUGGACGGGUGCUGGCUGAAGACGUUCCAGGCCCUCGAGUCCGAGCUCGAGGGCGUCGCCGCGGCGCGCGCCGAGGCCGCGCGCGACGACGCGACGCGCGCGUGGACAGCCAAGCUCGAGGCGCGCGAGGCCGAGGCCGCCCGCGCGGCGGCGCUCGCCGCCGACGACCUCGCUCGCGCCCACUUGCAAGGCGUCACUGCAGGUGUGAAGCGUGCAGACGCUGAGGCCGCGCUCGUCAAGGAGGUCGCCGCGCUCAAGGCCGCGCACGGCAAGGAGCUCCUCGCGCCGGGCGGCCAGCCGGGCCUGCUCGCGAAGCCGGCGAAGGCCGGCGGCGGGCCCAAGCCGCGCCGCGCCGCGCGGAAGCCGACGCCCGCGGAGCUCGCGGAGCUCGCGGACGAGGGCGAGCGCGUGCCCGAGGACGAGCGCGUGGCGUUCGAUGAGACCCUUUUGGACUCCAUCCGCGCCUACGUCGAGCCCGCGCCCGACAACAAGGCGCGCGCGCCGGCGGGCGCGCCGAGCGCCAUGACGGCGCGGGCCCAGACCUGGGCCUCGAGCCCGGGCUUCGGCGGGGCCGUCUCGGGCCGCGACACGGUCGUCGCCGACGUCAUGCAGCACGUCCUCUGGGCGGCCGCGCGCGCCGUCCGCGUCGCCGGCGGGCCCAUCCACCUCGCCGAGGCCCAGGCCUCGAGCCUCCUGGCCGCCGCCUCCGUGGACCUCGAGCCCGAGCCCAACGUCGCGCGCGAACUCGCGGACAACGCGUACGCCGCGGCCCUCGCCGUGGCGACCUUCGCCGGCGCGCCCCGCGCGUCGGCCAAGGCCCUCACGGUCCAGUGGCGCCGCGCGCCCCACCACGCCGAGCCCACCCUCGUGUGGGGCUUGGCGAAGGUGGAGGCGGCGCGCCACCUGGGGGACGCGUGCCUGCCGUGCGUCCCCCGCGACGCGGUGCGGAUCGUCUCCUUCCCCCACCUCGCCUGCCCCAUCUGCGACCAGACCUUCUCCUCGCUGGGCGAGGUCUUCGACGCGACCGCGGGCCAGCUCCACGAGGGCAUCUGCCCGGCGGGCCUCCCGCCGAAGACGCCCGUCGGCGUCUACCGGCUCCGCUGGAUCCACCCCAAGUACAUCGUUGGCAUGCACUGCUGCGACGACGCGUGGCUCGAGCGCGAAAUUCGCCUGCUCGAGCCCACCUGCUGCUCCGACGACGAGCUCGCGCGCGAGGGCGCGACGACCAUCGUCGGCGAUGAGCGCUGCGCUGCGCUCGCGCGGCGGUGCGCGUCUGCCGUCGAAGCGCUCGCAGAACUACAACUGCCCGCGGUCUUCGUCUUCAUGUUCGACGAGGCCUGGGCGCUGGUCCGCGCGCACGAAGCGGCCGUCGCGACGCAGCUGCCGCGGAACGCAAAGCUCAACUAUGAUAUCUACGCCUGGCGCGUGCCCUACGGGUCCCGGGGCUGGGCCGCGCACCGCGACCGCGACCGGUGCCCGAUCGUCGACGGCAAGCCCUGCUACGCGACGGUCUGGGUCGCGCUCACGGACGUCCUGCGAGACACGUCGUGCAUCUGGUACGUGCCGGUAUCCCAGGCGCUACGGGCCAGCGAUGAUCCGCUGAGCGCGCCACGCGGCGGCGACGACCCGCUGAGCCUCGAGCGGGCCGCGGAGCCCGUCGCCGAGUCCCUGCCGGUCAGGCCGGGCGGCGCCGCGAUCUGGGGCGGCAGCACGGUCCACUGGGGCGGCGCCCACACGAACAGCACUCGCGGCUCGCGCAUCUCGCUCGCCUUCGCGGUGUCGACGCCGGAGGAGAUGCGCGACGACGAGGAGCGCGUAGGCGCGGUCCAUGCAUGGUCCGGUCCGGGCUUGAAAGAAGCGCCGAGCCUACUCGCGCGCCUGAAGCUCGUCUGCCUGCAGUUGCACUUCUACAGCGACGCCGCGUCCCUGGACGACGAGCUCUCGGAGCUCCUCGACUCGCUCAACAUGUUUUUCUUCAGCGUCAAGGUCACGGUGGGCGUCGGCGCCCUGGCCCUGCCGCAGCAGGUCGCCGCCGUCGGCUACGUCUGGAGCGCGGUCAUGCUCGUCCUCGUGGGCGUCGCGAUCUGGUGGGGCUCGGCCGCGCUGCUUCGGGCGAAGCGCGCGGUCGAGGAGAGCGGCACGCCCGUGGUCACGUACCAGGACGUCGCGCGGGGCGUGCUCGGCGUCGAGGGCCAGCGCGUCGUGGAGGUGUCCAUCGUGGCCUUCCAGCUCGGCGUCUGCUGCGUCUACUUUUACUUCAUCGCCGACGAAUUGGCGGACCUCUUCCCGGCGUCGUCGGGCGGCCUGACGCGCGUCGAGUGGAUCCUCGUGCUCUACCCGCCCGUCGCGGUCGUGUCGUGCCUGCGCUACCUGCGGGACAUGGCGGACGUCGCCAAGGUCGCGUUCUUCUGCUACGCGGUCGGCGUCCUCGGCACGCUGGGGUACUGCGUCGUCCGCGUCGAGCGGCGCGGCGUCGUGCCGCGGUCGGAGCAGACGACGGCGGCGGACAUCUUCUCCCUCUUCGCGACGCUGCUCUACGCCUUCGAGGGCAUGCCGUCGUGCCAGAUCGAGAACACGCUCUUCGGCGGCCGCCGCGCGAUGAAGCGGCUCCUGGCCUGCGUGCUCUGCUCCGUCUUCACCAUCUUCACGACGGUGGCCUUCCUCGGCGCGCUGGCCUUCACGGACCCGAGCGACCCCCUCACGGAGAGCGUCUACGACGCGUACGGCGGAGUUUUGCCGACGCUCCUGAACGUCUUCGUGCUCGUGUCCGUCGCCAUGACCUACCCGCUCCAGUUCUACGCCGCCGUGUCGCUGCUGGAGCGCGUCAUCGGCUUCGGGCCGGGGGCGACGCAGGCGCGCGACGCGGAGGUCGCGCUCGGCCGGAGCGGGUCCAGCGGCCAGCUCCGGAGCCGCGCGGACGAGCGGCCGCUGCUCCUCGCGGACCGGCCGGCGACCAUCGGCGGCGCGCCGCCGGAGCCCGAGGCGGCGGCCUCCGUCUGGAUCACGGCGGAGGACGGCGGCUGGGCGUCCGUCGCGCUCCGGUGCGCGCUCGUGGCCGUGACGGCGCUCGUCGCCAUCGUCGUGCCGUCGCUGAGCGACCUCAUCGACAUCAUCGGCGCGCUCCUCGCGCCCUGGCUCGCGCUGACGAUCCCGGCGCUGCUCGACCUGUGCGCGGGCCUGUCCAUGAAGGCGUACCCCAUGACGCCCAUGGACGUGAGCGUCGCGUCGUUCGUGCUGACGACGUCCUUCAUCCUCGCCAUCUGCGGGACGACGUCCGUCAUCAUGGCGCUGUAA